AUGAUUAUAUACCGCUCGAAAUGCCACCACUGUCACAUACGACCAUACCCACUGGAAUAUACGGGAUCCCUAAGGGCAGAACCGGUACGAAGUGCCAAGGGAGCAGGUGGGAGCCGCCUUGCGUCCUCAACUGUAGCCAAUGGCCGUUCGCCGUUUCGCGCCCCGCCCCACCAUCCUUUGCGCUCCGUUGUUAAAUGCACCUCGCCGCCACCGAUCCGUCGCCGUCGUGAGAACUGCAUCCCGUUUUCGGGCCACGCGCGAUCACCAUGGCCGUGGCACUUUCGAAUUUCUUGGGGGGAGGGCAGCUGCGUCCCGCUGCCCUCUUUUUUGAGCAGGGCGAGGACCCCUCGCCAUCCCUCCCUCCCUUCCUCUGCGACAACCAAUUUCUCUCCAUGCCAGGUUCCUCCCCAGCGCUGGGCAACAACCACGAUGGCAACGCAACGAGCAGUCGGUCUUGCUGCAAAAACGCGGCCCGUUCAGGCCUACAAAGAUGCGGCAUUGGAUGCCAGGCGCGAGAGAGCGAGGCUCUCAAAGCGCGAGUUCAAGCCGAUACCUGAUCGGCCACGGGGGAGCGACAAGUAUCGCCAAUAA